AUGGCUGCCGCCGUCACGGAGCUGGAGCUGGAGCGGCGGGUAAUGGCGGCGGUGAAGGCCUCCGCAGAGCGCGGGGACCCGCCGCUUCUCCAGGCCGCCGAGGCCGCGCGCUGCAUCCGCGAGGCCCCCGCCUCCGCUCCGGGCGGCCUCGCGCUCUCGCAGGCGCUGGUGACCAAUCUGUGCUUCGCGCACAACACAGCCGCCAUGUGGAAGCUGCUGGAUCAGGCCAUGUUGUCCCGCCUGGUGGACCCUCUCCACACCCUCGCCCUCCUUACCCCGAGGGUGGUGCCGAACCGGCGGGAGCAGCCGGAGGCGUACAGGCUCUACCUCGAGCUUCUCGGCCGGUACGCGGUGGCCCCUGUUUACCCGGAGCGCAUGGAGAAGGAUAUGUUAGCCAAAUCUAUUGACAGUGCUAUGCAGCUUUCACAUAGAUUUGGUUUUCAACAUUUGGAUUUUGGACAUACUGUUAUUUUGUUUGUGUUGAGUCUUGUCAACAUGCUGAUUGAUUGCAUCUUAGAUGAUUGUGGAUUGCCCAUCACCUCCGCUGAUGAACAUGGCAACAGAAAUGAUAUGAAUUUUAAUGGCAAGGGGAGAUCACUUGACAGGGGAGAUGAGCACCGUGAACAUCUAAGAAGAAAGAAUAUACUUAUGUCUAUUGAAGUUGUUGAGAAGGAUAGACCUGAAAAUUUCAAUUGUCUACUUCGGAAACUUCAUCUUAUUGGUGCUGUUAAAAACAAGAACACUUUGUCUCCGUACAAUCUGCUAGAUAGCUUGAUUAUGAAUAUACAGAAUGUCAUAAGCACGGACUACCAAUUAGACAGGAAAAGGCUUCUGGAAGUUCCUGUUAGCAUACAGCCUUGCAGUUCAGCUGUUUACAGUAUAUUCAGAGCUGGAAAGGGAUCUUGUUGGAUUCCUUUUGACAUGUUUAUGGAGAAUGCAAUGGAUGGGAGACAUCUUCAUGCUAUAUCAUCAGUUGAAUAUCUGACAGAACUAUCCAAAACACUUCAAGUGUUGAAUCGGGCAACCUGGCAAGAGACCUUUCAAGCUUUAUGGAUUUCGGCUUUGCGGCUAGUACAGCGAGGCCCAGAUGCUUCGGAAGGACCAUUUCCUCGUCUUGAUUCACGGUUGUGCAUGUUGUUGGCUAUUAUCCCCUUGUCCAUUGCAACUAUUGUUAAGGAAGAGGUGGGCAAUCUGGAAGGGGACACAACCUCUGUUAUAAGAGGACAAUUAGUGUCUUCACUUCAGAUUCUGAGGCAAUUUUUCGGUCUUCUUUCACCACCUCCAGCAGCUGUACAUUUGGCAAAUACUGCAGCUAGAAAAGCAGCAGUUGUUCUGUCUAACCUGAAAAAUGGGAGUGAGAACAUGUGCAGUUCUUUCAAAGACAGUCCCUCUACUAAAGCAGUUGGAAAUAUGCUACAUCUUAUCGUGGAAGCCUGUAUCACAAGGAACUUAAUUGAUACAUCUGCUUAUUUCUGGCCUGGCUACGUGGUCCCACUUAAAGAAUCCUCUCCAGUUCAGGAGUCUCCAUGGCCAUCUUUAGUAGAAGGGUCUCCACUUAUAGAACUUAAGGACGCCCUUAUGGUUACACCUGCUUCGAGUGUACCAGAGUUGGAGAAAUUGUACUCUUUUGCAGUAAGUGGGUCACCGGAGGAAAAGUUGGCAGCUUCGAAGAUUUUGUGUGGAGCAUCACUUCUUCGUGGUUGGAACAUUCAGGAACAUGUUGUUCAAAUGGUGCUUAAGUUGUUAUCGACAUUCCUCCCUCUGGAUUCUGGACCAGAAGGGCGAUAUGUACAGGACAUGCCUAUGCUACACACUCUUGUAUCAGGAAUUUCUUCUAUCGACACUGUUCAUAUUCUCUCAAUGUAUGGCCUGGUGCCAGAAGUAGCAUCUAUGUUAAUGCCUCUCUGUGAGUUUUUUGGAUCUUUACCUCCAUCUGAUCAUAGGAGUUGUAAAUUUGAAGAGGCUUCUGUGUAUUCAGUAUUCUCAUGUGCUUUCCUGUCCCUGCUUCGCUUUUGGAAAUUUCAUAGACGACCUAUUGAGAAUGCUUUAUCAAGGCGUGGAGUCUCUGUUUGGUCAGAGCUCCAUUUGGAUUUUCUCUUGUUAUUACGUAAUAGUCAUUCUUCUUUGAAAAAUCUAUCUAAUGUUACUCAAUCAAGCAUAUUUAAAUUAGAUACACCAUUUCAAAAGCCAAUGUAUAUUGACUCAUUUCCAAAGCUAAGGGCAUGGUACUUCCAGAAUCAAGCUUGCAUAGCCUCUACACUUUCUAGUGCUUGCAGCAGGACAACUGUGCUCCAUGUGGCAAACAUGAUACUGAAAAUUAUAUGCCAUAAUAAAGUGCCAAAAGGUGGUGUCCUGUCUGUAAAUCUUCAGUCAACAGAAAAUUCCGGUACGAGUAGUUCACCUUCAGGUGUACAGGAAGAUAUGUGCCAGUGGCCAACACUUCCAGCAUGGGAAAUUCUUGAAGCUGUUCCUUUUGUGCUUGAGGCUAUGCUAACUUCAUGCGCUCAUGGCAGACUUUCAUCCCGUGAUUUGGUUACAGGUCUAAGAGAUCUUGCAGAUUUCUUGCCUGCUUCACUUGCUGCUAUUGUCAGCUACUUAUCUGCAGAAGUCACUCGUGGCAUAUGGAAGCCAGUUAUGUUGAAUGGAGUGGACUGGCCAAGUCCAGCUGCAACUCUUCCAGUAGUGGAAUCGGAGAUAAAAGAAGUUCUUGCAUUUGCUGGUGUUCAUAUCAAUAUCUGUCCACGACCACGUUCUGUGAUGCCAAUGCUUCCAUUGCCAAUAGCAGCGCUAAUGAGUUUGUCAAUAACAGUCAAGAUGGAGGAAUUCAGUCACCUACAAGGCAUCAUUGGCCAAGGAAUUGAAAUUUGUACAACAUCUAGUUCAUGGCCCGCUGCACAAAUUAUAGGUGCAUUGUGGUCCCAAAACUUUGUUUGUGAAGAGAUUUUGGAGGUGGUCAUUGAGAGAGCCCAUGCGAUAGCAAAUGCUUGUAGUUCUGAUAGACCUGCUCGUUUGAGAGCAGAUAGCAUCACUUGCAGCAACGAUGCUUGUCAUGCUGGUGGGGUGAAUUUGAUUCGUCUCCUCUACGAGCAGAUUAUCCCCACUCUUCUGCUUUCAGGUGGAGAAGCUAAGCUUGGUUCUGCUGGUCAGGUAUGUAGCAUAAUCGAAGGAUACACAUUAGCCUAUGUUCUCCUCUUUUCGGGUGCAAGCAUCUGGGGAGUCGGAGAAACGUCGCCAGCUUACACUUCAAUAUACACAUCCAAAAGGCAACGGGUUGUUGAUAGACACUUGGAGUUCAUGGCCAGGGUAAUGGAGGGUAACAUUGUGCUGGGCUGUGGCGAUGCCACAUGGAGGUCCUAUGUUCUCUGUUUUGUCAACUUGCUGGUCAACUUUGUGCCCACAUGGAUUCCUGAAGUGAAGCUAAAGACGCUACAGAAAUUGGCAUCUGGGCUUCAGAGAUGGCACGAGGGUGAUCUUGCCCUCUCUUUGCUUGAGCGAGGGGGAACCAAAACCGUGACUUCAGUAGUUGAAUCCCUUUUGCAAUAA